CGCGCUUCUGCAGGAUGUGCUAUCACUUGCCGAGUUUCUCGCUCCUGAUAAUGCUGGUGGCGCUGAGGCGGCUGAUUGUUGUGCUGCAAUCUCGAAUCAUGUUGAGGCUGCUGUCGAGUUGUUUGGCGCUGUGCGGUCUGCUUCUGCUUUCGGGAGCGCUCAUCUGGCAGGCCAGUUUUAAGGGCGGCUGCAUAGCUGCUUGCAGCUUGAGGCAUUGGCUGCUGGUGUUGCACUUGCUGACGGAAUGGGUUGUGCUGCGGCUGCUUCUGCUGCUCAGAGGGCCGCUGUGGUUGCUGCUGUUGUGCCUGCUGGCCCUGAACAACUGGAGGCCGAAGCGGUUGCUGCUUUGGUCGUCCCUGUUGCCUACCAGAGCUAAUUGGAAUGCAUUGUUUUUGAAGAAGAUGCAGCCCCUGUAACUAGCAGCAUGUGGGCCCUUACAAUUAGCACAUUUCGCUUCUGCACUAGGCGCCUUUUCACAGAGUGUUGAUGGGUGCUCUUGUCCGCACUUUACGCAUCUAAAUAUGCGGCGACAGUAAUUUUUUGUGUGUCCAAUCUGUUGGCAACGGUGGCACUGCACAACAUCCGUAUUUCUUAUUGGCUUUUCGACUUUGACUCGCUGGCCUCCCAGGACUGUUAAGUCGAAAAUUUCGUUAUUGUUCUUUUUAGGCUCAAGCUCAACUUGAAAGAGAUCAAGAGGCUCGCCAGAGAAACGCUUCUUGAUAACAUUUACAAAUCGAACGUUGUGUCCCUUGUCACUAAGCUUCUGCUUGAUCCAGUCAUUAGGAGUAGCUCGGUGAAGGUGUCUAAUUACUACUCUGAAGCCACGGUCACUGCUCAGUUGGUAAGUAUGGGACUCAACACUACAUUCUUCAAAGAAUCUUACUAGUGCGCGGUAUGAGCUAAUGUCGUUGCACUGAAUACGAAGUCCGCGAUCCGAAGUCGGUUUGGUGUGGUAGUUACCCUCUCCAAUUAAGUCAUCAAUGUCCUUUAGGAAUGGGACAAUAUUACCGUUAAGUCCAGGCACGUAGAGCGGUUCAGGCCUGAUCUUAACAUUGCUGGCAACGUCUGGAACAUUGGGUUCUGCGUUAGAGUUAUUGGUAGGCAUAAGUGGGGGUAUAUGUUGUGGUCCCUCAGGCCUGGCAUUCAUAUUGAUAGUAGCGAUGUCCUCAGCAUCUGUUUCAGGAUUUGGGUUUAUAAUCGGCUGAGGGGUAACGUCCAUUGCUUCAACGUCCACAUCUUCAUCUUCCAAGGACACAGUUUCAACAUUUUCAUCUUCAUUGGCUUUUUUCUUCUGUGUCCUAGGGCUUUCACCACCAGUGACACGACGUUUUCGCUGCACUUUUUGACAAGUCUCCUCUUGUCGUGCUUUUAGAUAGUUUUCUCUAAGUGACGAUGUCUUGCUAGAUCUAGCCGACACAGAGGCAUCUGUUCCACUCGCGACGGCCUGAGCGUUUGCAGCACCGAGUCUCCUUAUGAACUCAUCGUCGUCCCAGUCAGAGGAACUUCCAGAUUUUACGUUUCCAAUUUCUUUUAGCUUGAUA